UCGAAACUCAACUAUGUGUAAUUAUCGAGUAUACGCACUAACGGGAAAGGCAGUUGACUCCGAGACAACUAACCCUUUGGAAAUUCGAUUUCACACUGCAUGUGCAGUUUCACAAUGGUACAGCCUUGAGGAUUCUGAACACGGCCAUCAGAAAAAUAGACACUAUUGGUACAAAUAUUUUCUGCCAGUCAUGGAUAGUCCCUUGGUGGGCGUCACAGUCAAGAUCGCAGGUGAAGACGGAUGGGGGGUUGAAAAUAUACAUGUGGAAAAUCUGUGUACGAAGCGAGUGUUUGACAUGAACUGUCAGCCUAAUCUGUGCGUGGUAGACAGACCUCAUGCACCCAAAUUAUUCAUACCAGUAGCCUAAUCACAUCGGAACCACAGUCGCCUGCAAAUGAAGGAGAAUCAAUCAAGUUGGAUUAUUUCAUGGGACUGUGAGUUUGACUGACUUGGGGAAACGCAUAAUGAAAACAUAUUUUGGACUUAAAAUUACACUUGAAUAAAAAAAUUUAGACAGCAG